UCUUAAUUUUGUUCUGUUAUUUGAAAGAAUAAAGGCAACUCUCCAUCAUGUCCACAUUAGCAACAUUGCAGAAGAAACUUGAGACUGACUCGACUGCAUACCAGACAUUGCAAAAAGAUUACACCAAGGCAGUCGAGUCAAGGCAGAAAUUGGAUUCUCAGCUACAGGAGAACAAGCUUGUGCAGGAUGAGUUCAAGGUUCUGAAGGAUGAUGCCAACAUCUAUAAAUUAAUUGGUCCUGUACUUGUUAAGCAGGAUAAGGCUGAAGCUGUCACGAAUGUUGAUAAGCGUAUUGAAUUUAUCAAGGCUGAAAUUGAUCGUGUUGAGAAGCAGCUAAAGGAUCUCCAAGAGAAGACUGAAAAGAAAAGGGUCGAGCUUGUUCAAACGCAGACAGCAUUGCAGCAGCUUGCGGCCCAACAACAAAAGAAAUAAUAAUAGUAAUAUUAUAUAAUAAUUCUAACAAAUAAAAAU